CCGUGGUGAUUGCAGCUGCUCAGGGGCAGGGCUUGCCCCAGCGCAGAGUAGUGGCAACGGCGCGUUGCGUCGUGGGUGCCUGAGACUCGGGAACCCUGGGGCCUGGAACCCGCAGCUCUACUGGGCAGACACAUUCGCACCCAGGAAGAGCUGCUGCCGAAAGAGCGGGGAACUGCCCCGAGGGGCUCCUCAGUGGAGCAAAGGGGGGGUUAAGGGCACAGGUGACAGGGCCGGAGAAAGAUGGAGCAGCCCGGGGCGGCGGCGUCAGGAGCGGGAGGCAGCAGCGAGGAAGCCGGUGGGGGCCGAAGCAACAAGCGGAACGCAGGGAACCGGGCCGCCUACGAAGAGGAAACGAAAAACAAACCCAAAUUGAACAUUCAAAUAAAAACUUUGGCAGAUGAUGUGCGUGACCGAAUUACAAGUUUUAGGAAAUCUACUGUCAAAAAAGAAAAACCUCUUAUUCAACAUCCUAUUGAUUCUCAAGCUGUGAUGAGUGAGUUUCCAGCAGCUCAGCCAUUAUAUGAUGAACGAUCUUUGAAUUUGUCAGAAAAGGAAGUACUGGAUCUUUUUGAAAAAAUGAUGGAGGACAUGAACCUUAAUGAGGAUCGGAAAACUCCUUUACGAAACAAAGAUUUUGCAACCAAGCGUGAGAUGGUUGUUCAGUAUAUUUCUACUACUGCCAAAUCUGGAGGACUGAAAAACAGCAAACAUGAAUGCACCCUGUCUUCACAAGAAUAUGUUCAUGAAUUACGAUCUGGUAUUUCAGAUGAAAAACUACUUAACUGCCUAGAAUCUCUGAGGGUUUCUUUAACCAGCAAUCCUGUCAGCUGGGUUAACAACUUUGGUCAUGAAGGUCUUGGACUCUUAUUGGAUGUGCUGGAAAAGCUUCUGGACAAGAAACAACAAGAAAACAUUGAUAAGAAGAAUCAGUAUAAACUCAUCCAGUGUCUCAAAGCAUUUAUGAAUAAUAAGUUUGGAUUGCAACGGAUUCUAGGAGAUGAAAGAAGUCUUUUACUAUUGGCAAGAGCAAUUGACCCCAAACAACCCAACAUGAUGACGGAAAUAGUAAAAAUACUUUCUGCUAUUUGCAUUGUUGGAGAAGAUAACAUUCUGGAUAAACUUUUAGGAGCUAUAAGUACAGCAGCAGAAAAAAAUAACAAAGAAAGAUUUUCACCUAUUGUGGAAGGAUUACAAAAUCAUGAGGCUUUGCAGUUACAGGUGGCCUGCAUGCAGUUUAUAAAUGCCCUUGUUACUUCUCCUUAUGAACUUGAUUUUCGAAUACAUUUAAGGAAUGAAUUCCUGCGUUCAGGACUAAAAGCAAUGUUACCAGAUCUUAAAGAAAAAGAGAAUGAAGAACUUGAUAUUCAGUUGAAAGUAUUUGAUGAGAACAAAGAGGAUGACUUAAAUGAAUUAUCGCACCGUUUCAAUGACAUUCGAGCAGAAAUGGAUGAUAUGAAUGAAGUAUACCAUCUUCUGUACAAUAUGUUGAAAGACACUGCUGCUGAAAAUUACUUAUUGUCCAUUCUACAACACUUCCUGCUUAUCAGAAAUGAUUAUUAUAUCAGGCCACAAUAUUACAAAAUAAUUGAGGAGUGUGUUUCACAGAUAGUGCUUCACUGCAGUGGUAUGGACCCAGAUUUCAAGUAUAGGCAAAGAUUAGAUGUUGAUUUCACUCAUCUGAUAGAUUCUUGUGUGAACAAGGCAAAGGUUGAAGAAAGUGAACAAAAAGCAGUAGAAUUCUCAAAGAAGUUUGAUGAAGAAUUCACAGCUCGACAGGAAGCUCAAGCCGAGCUUCAAAAAAAAGAAGAAAAAAUCAAAGAGCUUGAAACAGAGAUCCAGCAACUUCGAACCCAGGCCCUGUCAAGUUCCUCAGGCCCUUCAGCACCUUCAGGGCCCAGUGGUGGGCCAUGUCCGCCACCACCUCCACCACCUCCGCCCCUACCUGGAGGAGAUUUACCUCCUCCUCCACCUCCCUUACCUGGAACUAUUGGUUUACCACCACCACCACCACCUUUGUUUGGGGGACCUCCACCACCACCUACCCUUGGAGGAAUUCCUCCUCCUCCCGGAAUACCUCUUGAUCUGCCUUAUGGAAUGAAGCAGAAAAAAAUAUACAAACCUGAAGUAUCUAUGAAGAGAAUCAAUUGGUCAAAGAUUGAACCAAAAGAAUUAUCUGAAAAUUGCUUCUGGUUAAAAGUUAAGGAGGAAAAAUAUGAAAAUCCAGAUCUCUUUGCAAAACUGGCAUUGAAUUUUGCUACACAGAUAAAAGUUCCGAAAAAUAAAGAAGCUUCAGAAGAGAAGAAAACUAUGCCUGCAAAGAAGAAAAUAAAAGAAUUGAGAGUUUUGGAUCCCAAAACAGCCCAGAAUCUGUCUAUCUUCCUCGGAUCAUAUCGUAUGCCAUAUGAAGAAAUUAAGAACAUUAUUUUGGAGGUUAAUGAAACCAUGUUGAGUGAGGCCUUAAUUCAGAACCUAAUAAAGCAUCUUCCGGAACAGAAAGUACUAAAUGAACUAGCACAGCUGAAGAAUGAAUAUGAUGACCUCUGUGAGCCUGAACAAUUUGGAGUUGUGAUGAGCUCAGUGAAAAUGUUGCAGCCGCGUCUCAAUGGCAUUCUUUUCAAGCUCACAUUUGAAGAACAUGUAAACAACAUUAAACCAAGCAUCAUAGCAGUAACCCUUGCAUGUGAAGAAUUGAAGAAAAGUGAAAGCUUUUACAAACUUUUAGAGUUAGUUCUUUUGGUUGGAAACUACAUGAACUCAGGAUCAAGAAAUGCCCAGUCUUUUGGUUUUAAGAUCAACUUCCUUUGUAAGAUCAGAGAUACUAAAUCAGUAGAUCAAAAAACAACCCUUUUGCAUUUUAUUGCUGAAAUUUGUGAGGAAAAAUACCGGGAUAUCCUAAAGUUUCCUGAAGAACUGGAACAUGUGGAAAAUGCAAGCAAAGUUUCAGCUCAAAUCCUCAAGAGCAACCUUGCAGCAAUGGAGCAAGAUAUUAUUCAUCUGGAACGUGACAUCGAGAAAUUACCACACGCAGAAAAUAAACAUGAUAAGUUUGUGGAGAAGAUGACUAGCUUUACAAAGAGUGCCAGAGACCAAUAUGAAAAACUUCUCACCAUGCACAACAAUAUGGUAAAACUUUAUGAUAAUCUCGGAGAAUAUUUUAUUUUUGAUUCUAAGACUGUCAGCAUAGAAGAGUUUUUCGGUGACUUGAGCAACUUCCGCACUUUGUUUCUGGAAGCAGUGAAGGAAAACUACAAGAGAAAAGAAUUGGAAGAGAAAUCUAGGAGGGCAAAGAUUGCAAAAGAGAAAGCAGAACAAGAAAAGUUGGAACGCCAAAAGAAAAAGAAACUACUCAUGGAUAUAAACAAAGAGGGUGAUGAGACUGGUGUGAUGGAUAAUCUUCUAGAAGCCCUACAAUCGGGUGCAGCAUUCCGAGACCGCCGGAAGCGAAUUCCAAGGAAUCCAGAUAACAGACGAGUACCUCUGGAAAGGUCACGCUCUCGCCACAAUGGAGCUAUCCCAUCUAAGUGAUUCCUGAUGCCAAAGAAUAUGAAAAUGUUUAAGUAAACAAAAUGAUACAUUUUGAGAGAAACAAAACACACACUCAAGGGAUAGAGAAGAAAAAUAAGUGCAUUUCUGCAACGAUCAAACUUAAGCUGGCUGAAAUAGUGAGCAUUUGUGAACUUAUUGCAAGACUCCUGCCACAUUUAUACCAAUAUGAACACAAUUGUCAGAAUUAUAAAUCAUGUGUUCCAUUUUAGUGUAAGGAUAUGUAUUAUUUGUUAUUGUGUGUGACCUGAUGUUGAUGAUGCAAAAUGUAAAAGUGGAAAAUGCCUGAUUCUUGAAGCAUUUGCUCUGUCAGAAAUUUACAGUGCUAUUCAAAUUUGCAGCUCACACCCCCUAAAAUGGGAGAGAAGAAAAAAAUAGAAUUAUCCCUGUGUACUUCUGAUUCCUGCUACAUAGACAAAGAACAGGCCAAUGGAAACGUGUGUGUUGACGACAUGGAGAGGGGCUGCUACUUCCCACUCUCAAGAGAAGUCAUUUCACAAACUCAGAUCAGUACUGCUUCACCCCCAGCAAGUUAUUUAGAAUCUUAUCUCAAGUGAAAGUCGAUGGAUUCAUCUGCUUUGGCUGAAAUUAAACUUAUCAUUAAUCUAGAGUUUCAGCAUGAUAUUGCAGGCACUUAUCAUCGCUAAAAAUAAACCAAAGUUUCACAGAAGCAGUUAGAAAAAUGUGAUUUAAACUUUAUUUAAAGUGGGAUUUUCUAAUUAUGCACAGAUGUCUACUUUAUACAAAGACUUUAUAUGACUAUUUUUGAGAAAAACCUCAUUUCAAUAUUUAUGGUGGGGAUGAACCUAAAAGUUCUAUUACCUGGAUUUAGAUUUUUUUAAGGUAAAUAUUGAUAGCUAGUCUUUGUGGUUUAUUUCUUCUAUCUAUUGUUUCUUCCUCCUAUGACCCCCUUGAAGUCAGGGAAUAGAAUUCUAGAAGACCUGAGAGAAAAAGAUUUCCCUCUGCAGGAGGCAGCAGAAAACUGUCUGAAAGGUCAAUUGCUUUAUCUGCCUUUCAACUCCCCUUUCCAAUUCUGCUUUGGUGAUCUGAAGAAGAAAAAGAAAUUACAUGUAUGUAUGUAUGUGUAUAUAUGUGUGUAUAUAUCUGCUGAUAGAAGAAUUCCAUUUCCCAUUGAUGAGGUGAACUUCUCAGUCAUCAGUAUACUUGCUUACUUUAUAUUAACAAAUUUAAAUGAUGCUGCCUAAACAACCCUAGGAGGACAAAAAGGCUCUAUAUUUAUCUUAAAUAGAUGAGGGAGUAAAAGUUACAAUUAACUUGUCUUUUAUUUUAAAACAGACAUUGGUAUAGUGUGGUAUAACAUCUGAAGUGCAAUUUUAAUACUACUCCACGCAGAUGAUUGUGAUUAUUUUAGAACAUUACAUACAUACAUAUAUAUACACAUAUGUGUAUAUAUAUACAUAUAUACACACAUAUGUGUAUAUGUAUAUGUGUAUAUAUUUCUUACAUAGUAAGUCUCAUCUAGUCUUCAAAACACAUCAAAGAUAUCCAGAAAGAAGAAAUGACCGACUUGGCAGUCACCACCUAAGAUAAUGUAAACACAUGACCAACAGCUCAGAUUUAAACUGCUGCCUUUACUUCCAGUGCAUAAAUACUCUUAAAAGCUCUGUAGCUGCGACAAUAGGGGAAUCAAAAAGAAUAGCAGCAACUGAUAUUUUAUAAUUUCAUUCUCUCUUAAGACAUACACAUAUGCACGCACAAAUAAUUUUUAAGAAUGUAUCAAUUUCACUGUUUUUUAACAACAGCAACAAAAAUUUAGGGUCUACUAACUUAUGUACAUAAUGUGUGUCUUUGUGACUUUACAAGGUCUUUUCUGAAAUCUUCAUGGUAUGGCUUCUUUGAGACUUUUGAUAGCUUUACAGACUACAGGAAAACUAUUUUAAAAUAUUAACCCUAACUAUAAUUUAGGAGCAUUUGCCAGCCAUGCCACAGUAUCAAACUGGUCCAGGUGGAAAUACUGAUGUAUCUCCCUUCUCCAGAUGUGAACUUGCCUUAUAUUUUUAGUUUUUGAAAAAAGUAAGUAUUAUUUGAUAAAUUAUAUAUUUGUAUUUAGAAUAAUCUCACAUGCUUUUCACACAUAUGACACCUUCAGGGCAUUUCAUGAAGUUCCAAUAAUUGAGUAAAGGUUCUCUUCCCACAUUUAUAAUGGUCCUGCUCUAGCCAUUUGCAAUUGUAUUUUAGGUUGAGAAGUAUCACUAAAAAGAAGUACACAGUGACAUUUUUAGUAUAGAACCAAAUUAUAUUAAAAAUGUUUUUCAGGUAUAUUACUGCCACAUGUGACAAGCACCAAGUAUACAGAAAUUCUUCAGAAUGUAUGUUUUGUUAUUGUUACCAUGGAAAUAGUUUACUAGUUGUAUUAGUUUUAAAUUAAUUUCCUUUGGCUGUUAUAACAUUAUCACAAACUUGGUGGCUUAACACAGCAGAAAUUUAUUUUCUCACACACAGCAUGGUCGCCAAGUAUCUGAAACCAGGGCCUAUGUUCCCACCCCUGCCCAGCCCUCACGACUCCAGGCCUCCUUCCUCUGCAGAAUCUAGUCAAAAACCUGGUCUCAUCCAGCUUCUGGUAGCCAUUGGCAUCCAUGGGUUAUGGCCAUCUCUCCCUCUGUUCUGUCUUGCUCGCUGUGUAUCUAAUCUCCCUCUACUUCUCUAAGACCCUUUUCCAAAUAAGGUAAUAUCUCUAGGUUCAGAGAGAUUAGGAUGUGGAUUGUAGCUUUUUGGAGAUGACCCUUAGCUGACUGCAGUUUACCCUGCGCUUCCCCCCAAAUUUAUCAUCUAUGUCCCAUGUAUUUUCACCCCAUCUCAACUUCCCAGAAGUCUCAACCCGUUCCAACAUCAACUAAGUUCAAAAUCUCAUGCAGACACCAUUCUUUCAAAAGUCUAUGAUCUCACCAUCUAUAACUGAAGCUCUUGAAGCAAAAUUCCUCUCCAUCUGCGAAUCAGUAAAAUAAGCUAUCUACUUCCAUACACAGUGGUGGGACAGGCACAGCACAAUAACGAUCAACUCCAGAAGAGAGAAUUCUGAUUCCAAAAGGGGGGAAGUGCAAAGGAGUCACCUGUCCUGAUGGUUUUCAAAAUCAGCCAGGCAAAAUCAUUUUAAGUUUCAAGAGCUGACAGUAAUGCCCCUUGUCCCAGGGCUCUACCCUUGAGGCCUGCCACUCUGCCUUCUUGGCCUAUGGAUCAAGGCUCUGCCUCUGUGGCCUGAAGGUGAUACUUUAUACUGCAGGGCAGCACGUUUGCUGCUUUAUCAGCCUGUUUCCUGUCUGUAAAAUUUUGACGGUCUGAUGACCCUCUCUUUUUGUCCUGUUUGUAUCCUCUACAGCCCAAGUUGCAAAUGUUUCUGUUGGUAAAACAUUCUCAAAAUUUUUCCAGUCCUCUCAUGUAUGUCACAUUGAUUCAACUGACACACAAGUCCUCAUAGAACUUUACAAGAUGACCCCAUCUCCAUCCCUGGCUUCUGAUAAGCUAGUUGAGAGGAUACUUGAAUCAAUGCUUAAUCUCUUCACCAGUAGAAAAGGUAGUCCGGCCACACCCUUGUCUUUAUAACCAGAACACAGGAGCCUAAAAAGGAAUCUCCUAAUGUUACCAUUUUGCAGUUUCAGUAGGUGCAACAAACAUAUCCUGAGUCAUUAAGUACUGGUUCCUUCAACGACAUGAUCACAUUUCUUAUAGUUUCUAAUAAAAGGUCCCUAGUUCCUUCUGAGCUCUCACCAAAAGAAGCUUUAAAAUUCAUAUUUCUCGCAACAAUUUAUUUAAGGCAAACUUUGCUGCUUCUGUCAUAAACACCAACAUUUGUCUAGACUCCACCCACUAUCCAAUUCCAUAGGUGUUUCUACAUUUUCCAGUAGCCAUUACAGCAGAACCUUGCUCCCUGCUACCAAAAUCUGUAUUAAAUUCCUGUGGCUGCUGUAACAAAUUACACCAAAUGUUAUCACUUAAGGCAAUAGAAAUUCAUUAUCUUACUGUUUUAGAGUCCAAGACUGCUAAACUGAGGUGUUGGUGGGGGGCAUCACACCCUCUGCAGGCUCUAGGUGAAAGUCCAUUCUUUUCUUUCCUCUUCUAGCUUCUUGUGACUGUCAUCUCUCAUUCCUGACUUAUAGCCAAAUUGCCUUCCAUUUUGUUUAUCUAAUCUACUUCUGCCUUUCUUAAUAAAGAUAGUUGUGAUCGCACUUUGGACCCACCCAAGUUAUACAUGGUAAUCUCAUCUCAAUAUCCUUAACUUAAUUACCUCUGUGAGACCUGUUUUCCAGAUGAGGUAAAUUCACAGGUUCCAGCAUGAUAACAUGUACAUAUGUUUGAGAAGCCACCAUUCAGCUCACUCCACAACUCCCUGAGCAUAAAUGUACUUUUUCACACUCUUUAAAAUGCAUCUGUGGUGCUCAAGCCAAAUUCAAGGAUGUCUCUAAAAGCUAUUGUGUGCACAAGUUACUGCAUGCUUUGAUGUAAAAUGGCUUAACAGACUAUUCUAGAGAUCAGUUGAUACUUUUGCUACUAUGGCCACUUAGCUUAACCGAAAUAAUUGGUUCCAACUUUGAGCUCUGUUAUAUCUCUUCAGCCCCUUUUGUGGAGUCUUUGACCAAAUGUCUUCUGUGAUUCAUAAUGCAGGCAUAAAACUACCUCUGAUACAGAAGGGUUCUUUGUAAGCUCAUUUUAGAUCUGGUGAAUCCCUCAAUUGAAAAGAGAGGUGACAGCAAAGCCUGCUUUCAAUGAGUAUCAAGGAAGAUUGUGCCCAUACCAAGAUACUCAGAAGAAGAAUUUCAGUAGCAGUACAACUGUGGAUUCAUGCUCUCAUUUUGCCUUGGAAUGAACACCUACCUAUUCACAGGACCAAGAAUGACUUGCAAUCUAUGUGUAACGCAUACUUACUUACUCAAUAAA